AUGAUAUCGGGCGAUCCUCUUUGUUUAAUUUACUGGGACGAAGCGACGAAAUCUGAAAGCGCGGGUAGCUUCGGUUGCCGGGACAACGCGCGCCCGGUGGUUGCCCCCCGCCCCGCCCCCCGCGCGGCCUGCCCCCGCACCUCCCCGCACCGUAUCGAUCCCAGCGCGUUCCUCCCCUCCCCCGCGCCGCGCCACUCCAAAUCAAAUUACAAGAGCCGGAGUCGGAGCGGGGCGAGCGGCGGCCAUGCUAGCGAAAACCGCCAAUGUUACCAUAUUGCGCCCACCGAUUUUUGCCGCCGAAUU